AUGGCGAACGCAGAACAGGGAAAUGAAACGUCCAUCACAGAAUUCAUCCUCUUGGGAUUCAGCAAUCUCCCUGAACUGAAAAUCCUUCUUUUCCUGUUGUUUCUAGUGGUCUACAUUGCAACCAUGGCCGGGAACAUCCUCAUUGUGGUGCUAAUUGUGGUCGAUCAGGACCUUCACACACCCAUGUACUUCUUCCUGGGGAACUUGUCGUGCUUGGAGACCUGCUACUCCUCCACCAUCCUACCUAGGAUGCUGGCCAGUCUCCUGUCUGAGGUUAGAACUAUUUCAUUCAGUGGAUGUCUCACACAAUAUUAUUUCUUUGCUUCUAUGGUUGCCACCGAAUGCCUUCUCUUAUCGGUGAUGUCUUAUGAUCGGUAUUUAGCCAUAGGCAAACCACUGCACUAUGCAGCCCUUAUGAGUGGCAGGUCUUGCUUCCAGCUUGCAGUUGGAUCUUGGAUAGGUGGCUUCCUAGUUAGUAGCAUAACAACACUGUCAACAUCCCAGUUGUCUUUCUGUGGUCCCAAUGGUAUUGACCAUUUCUUUUGUGAUCUUAUCCCCCUUGUAAAGCUCUCCUGCAAUGAUCCUCAGCUCAUGGAAAUGUUGGCUUUCACACUCAGCUUUAUUUUCUUACUGGUCCCAUUCCUACUUACCUUGAUGUCCUACAUCUACAUCAUUUCAACCAUCCUAAGAAUCCCUUCUACCACGGGGAGGCAAAAGGCCUUUUCUACCUGCUCCUCCCACCUCAUUGUGGUGACCAUAUAUUAUGGAACUCUACUGAUUGUCUAUAUGUUCCCAAUGACCAACACAGUGAGAGACUUCAAGAAAGUUCUCUCUGUCAUCUACACUGUCCUGACUCCCCUGGUCAAUCCCCUCAUCUACAGCCUGAGAAACAAAGAGGUCAAGGAGGCUCUGAGGAAAGCUAGCAGGAAGUUCAUGUUUGGAUGAUGCUAAUUGAUUAGUU